GCGGCUUUAUUUCAUUUCGCUUUUGACAGCAGCUGCAGUUUGUCCUCCUUGGACGGAACCUGAACCGGAUGACAAUAUUUGCAAUCGCGUUUCUCGUCGUUUCUAACGACAAAAGAGCCGUCGGAUGCCGUGUUAUAAGAUGAGUCCGGUUGUCGGAGUGGUAUUCUCAUCUUUUCUCAGAACAUAAGCAGAGAAAAGAUCCGUCAAGAUGGCUUCAGAGUCCGUAAAGGUGGUCGUCAGGUGUCGACCCUUGAAUGACCGAGAAAACGCGAUGAAUUGCAAAAUGGUCGUAACUAUUGACAGCGGCCGAUGUCAAUGUUUCAUAGAGAAACCCGGAGCCACAGAAGAGCCGCCCAAACUAUUCACUUUUGACGGGACUUAUUACACCAACCACUCCACUGAACAGAUGUACAACGAGAUCGCCUAUCCGCUGGUGGAGGGUGUAACUGAGGGCUACAAUGGGACAAUUUUCGCUUAUGGACAAACAGGAAGUGGCAAGUCGUUCACUAUGCAGGGUGUUCUGGAUCCUCCGUCCCAGAGAGGAAUCAUCCCCAGGGCUUUUGAACACAUCUUUGAAUCAAUCCAGUGUGCCGAGAACACAAAAUUCCUGGUUCGAGCCUCCUACCUGGAGAUUUACAAGGAGGAGGUCAGAGAUCUUUUGGGAAAAGACACAAAACAGAAGCUGGAGCUGAAGGAACAUCCUGAACAUGGUGUAUACGUACGGGAUCUCUCCAUGCAAACGGUCCACAGUGUCGGGGAAUGCGAGCGGAUUAUGGAUCAAGGCUGGAGGAAUCGCUCUGUGGGCUACACGCUCAUGAAUAAAGAUUCAUCACGCUCACAUUCCAUAUUCACUAUUCACCUGGAGAUCUGUAACAUAGAUGCCUCUGGUGAAGAACAUCUCCGAGCUGGUAAGCUCAACCUCGUGGACCUUGCAGGAAGCGAACGACAGUCAAAAACCGGUGCUACUGGAGACCGCCUUCAAGAAGCCACCAAGAUCAACUUGUCCCUUUCAGCUCUCGGCAAUGUCAUAUCAGCUCUGGUGGACGGACGCUCUAAGCAUAUCCCGUAUCGUGAUUCAAAGCUCACUCGCCUCCUUCAAGACUCGCUUGGAGGAAACACCCGGACCCUCAUGGUGGCAUGUCUCUCACCUGCCGACAACAAUUAUGAGGAGAGCCUCAGCACUCUUCGGUAUGCCAACCGUGCCAAGAGCAUCCAGAACCGCCCGCGAAUAAACGAGGACCCUAAAGAUGCCCUCCUACGCGAGUAUCAAGAGGAGAUUAAGAAUCUAAGGGCGUUAAUAUCCGGUCAACUGGGGUCUGCGAACCUCAACUCGCUGUUGGCAGGCCAGACGUCCGGACAUUCAUCCCGACCCCAGAGUAACACAUCAGAGAGCGAGACAGAGAAAGACCGGAUCAAAGAGGAAUAUGAGAAAAAGCUCUCCAGAUUGCAGGCGGAGUACGAUGCAGAACAAGAGUCCAAAGCCAAACUCCAGGAGGACAUCGCUGCAUUGAGAACAUCAUACGAGACAAGACUCUCAACCCUAGAGAGGUCUAGAGAUAGCCGAACACGUAUCACUGAUGUGGAGCACCUCAAAGAAGAUCUUAUCACUGCAGUUAUAUCUAAAAAUGAAAAACAAGCACAUGUUGGCCAAGAUGUACCCGAGGAGAGUCAGUCAGCCACAGUUGUUGCCGGUGUCAAAGGAGAUCCCAGUAGCGAGAGUUCACCUCUAGAUACAGUCGUGGUGGCCACACCAGGUCAGCUGGACCACAGACAUGUGUUAGAAAGGCUGAAGCAGCUGGAGCAGGAGUUUGUGGGAGGAGAGCAGGUGAGGAACGAGGAACUCAAGCAGAGACACAGGCAGAGGAAAACUUUGGCCGAUCAGAGGAAAAAACAGCUAAUCAGUGCUCUGAGCCAAAGCAGCGAGGAGAGCGACAACGUUUUGCUAAACGUCUAUGACUCCAUUCAAGAGGAAGUUCAUGCCAAGAGCAAACAUCUGGAGAACACACAGAAGAAGCUCAGAGCUGCGAAGUUAGAGAUCAGGGAUCUUCAGGCUGAGUUUGAGAUGGAGAGAAACGACUAUCUAGCCACCAUCAGACGACUGGAACGGGAAGGCCAGCUCCUUAAUGGAAUUCUGGAGGGCAUGGCACCCCUAGUGCGCAGGGACUGUAACUAUAGCAACCUGGACCGGCUGAGGAAGGAGGCGGUUUGGGAUGAAGAGGGUGGGGUGUGGAGACUGCCGGAAGUUGUGGUGCAGAAAACAACCUUACCUGCAGUUUCUCCUCCAGUUCCCAGUGGCUUUGGCAGACUUUCAGCCCGCAGGAAUUCGGCGUCCGACCUCAUCGACCCCUUUGUGCAUGAAGAAGAAGAGGAUCGAUAUAAGGAGAUGCUGAACCGCAGUGAUAGUGAAAAUAUCGCCACUAAUUACUUCAAGAUAAAACGGAGCAGUCAAUUGUUGGCCGGAGACUCUACUAAAAACACAAUGAAUUCUUCUGGUCUGACUGGUAAUAACCCAGGUCACCAGACAUCCAGUGGAUCGAAUAUAUCCCACUUAUCCACCGAAUCUCUCCUCCCGCGUCCCUUCAGACUGGAGUCACUGGGAGUCUCGUCUACAAACGGCAAAAUAAAACGCAAAAAGGGAAAAAUGCUCAUCUCAGCCGAAGGCAGCUGAUAUCAUAUCAAUUUUUAUACAGUAAGCUGCUUCAUUCUGUUAUAUUUCAUUUGUAGAUGUAUGAAGAGAGCUUAAUAUUUAUUAAUGAAGUCCUUGUGAUUUUCAAUGGCACAUAAUGUGAUUUCUUAACACUGUAAUAUUGAAAGUUUAAGUAAACUAAUACUACCUAAUCUGUUGCACUUUUAUCAUCUCAUAUCUUUGCACUAAGAGGUUUAGGAACAAAAAGCCGUCAUGUGAAUCUUUGUUUAUUAAUAACGGCUGCUGUUGUUUUCUGUAAUAAGAAAUAAAGUAUUUCUAGGUCACCAUCUAGCGGACA